AUGCCUGCCAAUACACGCAUUCAGUCUUCGGCUUCAAAGCUUCAUAAUCUGCUCGUGCCCCGGCCUCCAACUCCGUGUCUGCUUCCACUGCGCUCUAUCUGGCAGCCGGCUGCGAUCCAUACCCCAAGAAGCGUGCAAGCACGCCUAAACAGCGGCCUAGGCAAAGACUGGAAGGGUACUGGGGCGGAGGAUCAUGCAGUUGAUCGAACACAGAAGAAUGAUACCACGGACCCAACAACAGAUGCAUCAGCUUCUGUUAUGCAGGACAGGAAGGAGGGCGAGGGUAACGACGCAAAACCUCAGGGAGCAACAGAAAAGGGAGGAAGCCAGCAUGGGAAGAAGGCGAAGCAGGAACAUCCGAAGGCACCGGAGCCGAUCAUUGGGAUGAACGAUGAGAGAGGUCAUGUCAGUUUCUUGAGACAAGAACGGCUAACUGGUUCUGCUCUGAUAGAAGGGUCACUAAGCCCAGGGUUAUUCAUUGGUAAUCGAAAAGCUCAAAGCGGUCUAUAUGGGAUUGAAUGA